AUGCAAGUAUCUCCUUGUUCUGUGGAUAGCCAAGGUAGCGCAUUCCCCCUUGACAGCAAAGCAGCAGGACUGAGCGCCGAUAGCGAGGUGUCAGUCGAACGAUCUUUCCUCCAAAUUCGCACACAGCAAAUCCAUCAAAAUUUCGGGACCCGCAUCCUAGCUGCACCGCGCCGUCAACGAGCUGGUUGUGACCUCCGACGCGAGGAACGGCCUCCUUAG